UUUCUCGCCAGUGGCCAGUCUCUACUUCUCUAGAUGAGAUGCUGGUUAUUUCAAGAGGGAUUCUUCAAUCUACUCUGUUUACUCGGCAGUUGAAAAAAUGUUCCAAAGAAUAAAUUUUAUAUCUUCUCCACGUAUACAUCUGAGGACAAACAUGAUGUCAUUAAACUCAUCUGCCAACCGAUUGUAUUUGUCCCUUGGUAACGUCGUAAAUUAUUCUUCGAGUAAAAAGUACUACGAUAUCAUUAUAGCUGGUGGAGGCAUGGUUGGCUGUGCUAUGGCCUGCAAAUUAUCUAAAGAAGCCGCAUUUCGUGGCAUGUCUAUCCUUCUAUUAGAAGGAGGUCCAAAUCGUAAACAAUAUGAUUUGUGCACAAAGAAAGACACCCUUGAAAAACAUUACAGUAAUAGAGUCUCUGCUGUGAGCAAGUCGAGUGUACAACUUUUACAAUCGAUUGGAGCAUGGCGAAUAAUUGAAGAUUUAGGACUAUGCAAUGCAGUCAAAGAAAUGCAAAUUUGGAAUUCUGGUGCUGGUAGGAGUAGUGGUGUCAAUAACGUAUUAACAUUCAGUAAUGAUAAUGAUUUAGCAUAUAUUGUUGAAAACAACACUAUUCUUGGAGCACUGUACAAACAAAUUAAUGAAGAGCAAAAUAUUACUAUAAAUUAUGAUUCGCGGGUUAAUGAAUGUAAUUUGUUAAAAUCCCAUAGAGAUUUGGCCACUGUUAAAGUGGGUAACGGAGAGACUUCUUUUGAAACUAGUCUCUUAAUUGGCUCAGAUGGAUAUGGUUCUAAAGUACGUUCUGCCAUAAGUGGUCAGCACUAUGUUGGUUGGGAAUACGGUCAACGUGCAGUUGUCGCAACUUUACAUAUACAGUCUGAUGAAGGCGAUAUUCAUAAAGGACACGUUGCUUGGCAAAAAUUUGCUCAGUUAGGUCCAAUGGCUCUAUUACCUUUGGAUGAUAAAACGUGUUCGCUAGUAUGGACAACAAGUUAUGAAGAAGCAAAUCGCUUACUAGAAUUGAGCGAUAGUCAAUUUAUUGAUGCUUUAAAUGAUGGUUUAUCGGAAGAAAAAGAAUCAAAUAAUAGUAGCUUACUAUUAGCAGAUGAUGUAGCUCAUAUAAUGUCCAAGGUACUCAAUAAAUUCUGCCAAUCAGAUGAGGAUAAUCAAAACAAAAAAAUAAAAUCUAUUCCACCAAUUGUCGUUGGUGUAAUAAAAGAUAGUAGAGCAUCAUUCCCAUUAGGCUUUGGACAUGCAUGUCAAUAUGUUGGUCAGCGUGUUGCUUUAAUUGGAGAUGCUGCACACAGAAUACAUCCCUUGGCUGGCCAAGGUGUUAACUUGGGUUUUAGUGAUGUUUCUGAAUUAAGUGAUCAACUUAACAAAUCAGUAUUAACAGGCGCUGAUAUUGGAGAUUUGAAUGCACUUUUAAAUUAUCAAACUGCAGCACAGCGACGUAACGUACCUAUUAUGUUAGGUGUUGAUGGCAUUCAAAAAAUUUAUGGUAGCGAAAACAAUUUAGUACCGCCUGCUAUUACAACGUUAAUACGUAAUGUUGGACUUACAUUUUGUCAAUCUACUUCUAUAAUAAAAAAACUGUUGAGUGACAAAGCAUCUGGAUUACCUGUAUAGCUUAAGAAUCAAUGUAUCUAAUUAAGUGUUUCAUUUAAAUAUUGUUUGUUAAAAAUUAAAAAUKAUUUAUUUGAUUAAAUUAUAUAAUAGUACAUU